AUGACGAGAGAAUGGGCCCUGCUCUUGUCCAUGCUGCUCUGUGGCCUGGCUGGCCCCACGCACCUGUUCCAGCCAAGCCUGGUGCUGGACAUGGCCAAGGUCCUCCUGGAUAACUACUGCUUCCCAGAGAACCUGAUGGGGAUGCAGGAAGCCAUCGAGCAGGCCAUCAAGAGUCGUGAGAUCCUCGCCAUCUCGGACCCUCAGACUCUGGCCCAUGUGCUGACGACUGGGGUGCAGAGCUCCUUGAACGACCCUCGCCUGGUCAUUUCAUACGAGCCCAGCACCCUCGAGGCUCCCCGGCAAGCCCCAGCACUCACCAACCUCACAAAAGAGGAAAUGCUUGCCCGGCUGCAGAAGGGCAUCCGCCACGAGGUUCUGGAGGGCAAUGUGGGCUACCUGCGUGUGGACGACAUCCCAAGCCAGGAGGUGGUGAGCAAGCUGGGGGGCUUCCUGGUGGCCAGCGUCUGGAGGAAGCUCAUGGGCACCUCUGCCUUGGUGCUGGACCUCCGGUACUGCACCGGGGGCCAUGUUUCCGGCAUCCCCUACAUCAUCUCCUACCUGCACCCAGGGAACACAGUCCUGCACGUGGAUACCAUCUACGACCGUCCCUCCAAUACGACCACUGAGAUCUGGACCUUGCCCCAGGUGCUGGGAGAAAGGUACAGUGCCGACAAGGAUGUGGUGGUCCUCACCAGCGGCCACACUGGGGGCGUGGCUGAGGACAUCACUUACAUCCUCAAGCAGAUGCGCAGGGCCAUCGUGGUGGGUGAGCGGACUGUGGGGGGUGCCCUGGACCUCCAGAAGCUGAGGAUAGGCCAGUCUGACUUCUUCCUCACCGUGCCCGUGUCCAGGUCCCUAGGGCCCCUGGGAGGGGGCAGCCAGACAUGGGAGGGCAGUGGGGUGCUGCCCUGUGUGGGGACACCAGCCGAGCAGGCCCUAGAGAAAGCCCUGGCCAUCCUCACUCUGCGCCGGGCCCUGCCAGGAGUUGUCCGGCGCCUGCAGGAGGCGCUACAGACCUACUACACCCUGGUGGACCGUGUGCCCAGCCUGCUGCACCACCUGGCCAACAUGGACUUCUCCGCAGUAGUCUCGGAGGAGGACCUGGUCACCAAACUCAACGCUGGCCUACAGACUGUGUCUGAGGACCCCAGGCUCCUGGUGCGGGCCGUGAGGGCCAAGGACGCCUCUUCUGGGCCCGAGGUUGGCGAAGACGAGCCUCCGGAGGUAGUCCCCACGGUGCCCGGAGCUGAGGCUGCCCGGCAGGCCCUGGUGGUCUCUAUGUUCCAGGUGUCGGUGCUACCGGGCAACGUGGGCUACCUCCGCUUUGACAGCUUUGCCGAUGCCUCCGUGUUGGAGGUGCUAAGCCCCUACAUUGUGCGCCAGGUGUGGGCGCCCCUGCAGGGCACGGAGCACCUCAUCGUGGACCUGCGCCAGAAUCCCGGGGGGCCGUCCUCUGCUGUGCCCCUGCUACUGUCUUACUUCCAGGGCCCCGACAACGGCUCCGUGCGCCUCUUCACCACCUAUGACCGCCGCACCAACAUCACGCAGGAGCACUUCAGCCGCAUGGAGCUGCUGGGCCGGGGCUACCCCACCCAGCGCGGUGUGUACCUGCUCACCAGCCACCGCACUGCCACCGCGGCUGAGGAGCUGGCCUUCCUCAUGCAGUCGCUGGGCUGGGCCACGCUGGUGGGCGAGAUCACCGCGGGCAGCCUGCUGCACACCUGCACGGUGCCCCUGCUGGAGACGCCGGAGGGUGGCCUGGUGCUCACCGUGCCUGUGCUCACCUUCAUCGACAACCACGGCGAGUGCUGGUUGGGAGGUGGCGUGGUGCCCGAUGCCAUCGUGCUGGCCGAGGAAGCCCUGGACAGGGCCCAGGAGGUGCUGGAGUUCCACCGCAGCCUGGAGGCCCUGGUGGAGGGCACGGGGCACCUGGUCGAGGCUCACUAUGCACGGCCAGAGGUCAUCGGGCAGACCAGUGCCCUGCUUCGAGCCAAGCUGGCCCAGGGGGCCUACCGCACCGCCGUGGACCUGGAGUCACUGGCCUCCCAGCUCACGGCCGACCUGCAGGAGAUGUCUGGGGACCACCGUCUGCUGGUGUUCCACAGCCCCGGUGAGAUGGUGGCCGAGGAGGUGCCCCCCCCACCCCCUGUCGUGCCCUCCCCAGAGGAGGUCUCCUACCUCAUCGAAGCCCUGUUUAAAACAGAGGUGCUGCCUGGCCGGCUGGGUUACCUGCGUUUCGACGCCAUGGCCGAGCUGGAGACGGUGAAGGCCAUCGGGCCACAGCUGGUGCAGCUGGUGUGGCAGAGGCUGGUGGACACGGCCGCGCUGGUUGUCGACCUGCGCUACAACCCUGGUAGCUACUCCACGGCUGUGCCGCUGCUCUGCUCCUACUUCUUUGAAGCGGAGCCCCGCCAGCACCUCUACUCUGUCUUUGACAGGGCGACCUCGAGGGUCAUGGAAGUGUGGACCCUGCCCCAGGUGGCUGGCAAGCGCUACGGCCCCCACAAAGACCUCUACAUCCUGAUGAGCCACAUCAGCGGGUCGGCAGCUGAGGCGUUUGCUCACACCAUGCAGGACCUGCAGCGGGCCACCGUCAUUGGGGAGCCCACAGCUGGAGGAGCACUCUCUGUGGGCAUCUACCAGGUGGGCAGCAGCCCCUUAUACGCCUCCAUGCCCACGCAGAUGGCCCUGAGCGCCAGCACAGGUGAAGCCUGGGACCUGGCUGGGGUGGAGCCCGACAUCACCGUGCCCAUGAAUGAGGCCCUCUCCACAGCCCGGGACAUAGUGGCCCUGCGGGCCAAGGUGCCCACUGUGCUGCAGACAACCGGGAAGCUGGUAGCCGAUAACUAUGCCUCCCCUGAACUGGGGGCCAAGAUGGCGGCCAAACUGAGCCGUAUGCAGAGCCGCUAUUCGAGGGUGACCUCAGAAGGGGCCUUGGCUGAGAUGCUGGGGGCCGAUCUGCAGAUGCUGUCCGGAGACCCACACCUGAAGACAGCCCAUAUCCCCGAGGAUGCCAAGGACCGCAUUCCUGGGAUUGUGCCCAUGCAGAUCCCUUCCCCUGAAGUCUUUGAGGACCUGAUCAAGUUUUCCUUUCAUACUAAUGUGUUUGAGGACAACCUUGGCUACUUGAGGUUUGACACGUUUGGGGACUGUGAGCUGCUCACCCAGGUGUCAGAGCUGCUGGUGGAGCAUGUUUGGAAGAAGAUCGUGCACACGGAUGCCAUGAUCAUUGACAUGAGGUUCAACAUCGGUGGCCCCACCUCCUCCAUCUCUGCCCUGUGCUCCUACUUCUUUGAUGAAGGUCCUCCAAUUCUGUUGGACAAAAUCUACAGCCGACCCAACGACUCUGUCAGUGAGCUCUGGACCCACACCCGGCUCGCAGGUGAACGCUACGGCUCCAAGAAGAACGUGGCCAUUCUGACCAGCGCGCUGACAGCCGGCGCCGCGGAGGAGUUUACCUACAUCAUGAAGAAGCUGGGCCGGGCACUGGUCAUCGGGGAAGUGACCAGCGGGGGCUGCCAGUCACCACAAACUUACCACGUGGAUGACACUCAUCUCUACAUCACCAUCCCCACGGCCCGCUCAGUGGGGGGUGUGGAUGGCAGCUCCUGGGAAGGGGUGGGUGUGGUGCCCCACGUGGCUGUCCCUGCUGAAGGAGCCCUCACCAGAGCCAAGGAGAUGCUCCAGCACACUCUGCUGAGGGCGAGGAGGAGCCCCAGGAUGGGUGGGACCUCCAGGCCACACACCAAGGGCACUCCGGCACGUGGUCCUGCCUGA